CUACAAUACCGUAGUAGUUAGAUAAAACGACUUUCAUAUUUUACACUAUUCUUGACCCCGCGUUUCAGACGAGGUGCAUCGGUUCGAUGCACCACUACUCGGGUUCCUUGGAUCCGGUCCACGAUGACCAGAUUGGCUUCUCAGAAUGCAAAAUGUACUCCUCUGGGCCACGACACCCAGGAUUGAUUUUACUUGCGAUGCGACCAUUCUUUAUAGGUUAGUUCUUGGCUUGUAAGACCUUCUUCUCUUGAAACGCGAUGCUGCAAAAACAGUGCUGUCUUGUAAAAAUGGCAUCACACCAUAACAACUAGCAUGCACCACGCGCGCAUCCUACAAACGAAACAGAUUAUGAAUCAAACRGCCCCUCAAAUAUUCUUGGAUGAUUUCUUGAAGAGCGUUUUCGCUGAACUUCGCAAUCGACCAAGGCUUCUCUUGCUCGCAUUUAUAGGGCUUUUUGGGUUGGCAGGUGUCUCAUCUGUAGUCGUUGGAGAACCAAGAGAGAAAGAYGAAAUCAAUUGCUUCGCAGACCGUGACCGUGACCUCUCUCGAGGCUUGGRACUACUGCGUUCUCUCGACUUGGACCUACUGCGGUCAUCGCUGCUUUCCUUGAUCCUUUCCAGGGAGCUCUUGUCGCCACUGCUUGCCAAAAACUCCUCGGGGAUGCCGCUUUCAACAUGCCUCGACACGAGCCUCCUCGGACGGCGUCCCGGGGGAUCCGAAGAAUCGGCGGACUCACUAUCUCCCGUCCUGCUGCCAUGGUCGUCRCGUGAGUUCCUGGAUUUCUGCAGAGCACCAGCAGAACUUGGAUCUGCUCUCUGUUCCUGCAGUCGUGCGGAUGCUUGCUUCUUUUGUUGACGACGAAGAGUCUGGAGGAGUGGGGAGACACUGAGGUCGUUCUCGUCUUCCUCUUCUUCUUCGUACUGACGAAGGUGGGUUAUUGAUCUUGCAGAUGUCAGGUUCUUGUUAUCGUUACGCACUCCAGAUUCUUGUCGCAGUUGUUCUUGUUGGCGGCGUAGAGUCGCCAGUAGUGGACAUUCGUUCGAAUUUGCCGAGGAGGGUCCGGCGUARAUGUGCGUUGAGAGCGGCGAAAUUGGAACUUCUGGUCCAGCCGUAAAAGCGGAUAAUAGUCCGCUUUUUGGAGUUGCAGUAGUCGCAUUGUCGUCAGCAACAUCCAGAGAUUCUUUUGCAACUUCUUCCGUGGCUUUCUGUUCAUCUCCAAUAGAGGGGGACUUCUUGGUGCUGCUAGACUUCGCCUUAGAUGAUUUCUUCUUCUCCUUCGUUACAGAGGACUGGUCCUUCUUUUUAGAAUUCUUCUUUUUCUUCUUCUUUUUGUCUUUGCUCUUCUUCGACAACRCAUCGUCGUCAACACUGCUGUUGCUCGAAUUCUUCUUUAGUUUGGCGGAAUCAUCCAACCUGGCCAAAAGCUUGCUUCGUUUCUUCUUCUUCACYAACGCAGCGGUUCCGGUACUGACGGCCGACCCCACACUCAUGUCGUCUCCGGUAACUUUACCCCACAUCUCGCUUCGGACUUUCAGGGCCUCCUGGGCAUCCUGUAGGCCGUUUAGUCUGGCGCGACGGGCACUAUCUUCCGUAACCGCCAUUGACAUCUGGGCGAUAAUUUCGGCAUCAUCCGCGUUCUCGGCCCACUGUCGAUCCUGUUCGUCCAUCACUGCCGUAAUACACUGUUCGAUAGUGUAAUCUAGUUUGAGAGAGCCCGCAGCCGUCCAUGAUUCAAGCCCGCGAUAACUUUGAAUUGCCUUGGUGUUGCUCUUUUUCGAUGAUGCUGAUUUCGAUCCAGCACCCGCUUUCUGCUGUUCAUAUUUGGCCACCAGACGUUCAUGUUUGGCCAUCAUCCGAUCCUUCUCCCGAUCACUCCACCAAUACUUGCUCCGUUCCUUGGCGGUAAAAUUGUUGUGGGACUCAACCUCGUGAAACCGAAGGGCAUUCAAGGCAAAUCGAACCCGAUCCGUAGCGUCGCGGUCGAUUUCGCUGCUACUGUUCAAACUGCGACAACUUGUACUGUUGAUACUACGGCUACAUGCAUCAACAUGAUUGUGGUUGUAGUCGCUACUGCUCAUCCGCCGAGAGAAGGAYUUGAUCUGGGCCGAUGAAUCGGUGUCUGUCAAAUUCUCCGUGGCAUCGUAGGAACUCGAAUCAACGGAAGACUCCCCACUCAUCUUCCCAUGUCGCUUGGUGCUUUCAUCGGUCCUCGUCUGAACAUCACUCCGUCUUCUAUAGGUCAUCCUAUAUUAUUUUGUGAGAGUUAGAUGAUGUGGUGUUUCCAAUGGUGCAUCCGAACUAUAUUUAAUUCUGUU